AUCUGUUAUGUGAAUUUUGGGUUAAUUAACAAACAGGUUUAAUAUGCCCUCUUCUAAUGCAAGCUUGAAAUGUCAUUGGAUUUCGAGACUUCCACGAGCAAAGAUUGGGCUUUGGUACCACAUAAAAUUUCAACAUGUGGACGCCAUUCAUGGGAAGCCUAGGAUUUUCUAACAUGUGGAUGUUAGAAAAUGCAGAUCUAUUUGGGGUGGGGAUAACUGUAAUGGGAAGUGGGUUUUGUGGCAUGUAUGGAUUUUGGGGGAAAGACAAAAUGCCUUGUUAUUUUCUGAACGUAUAUGCUCCAUGUGAGAAUCAUGGUAAACAGUUGCUUUGGACAGAGAUUUCAAAUUUAAUGAAUGUGUAUGGUGAAGGGAAUUGGUGCAUAGGAGGUGACUUUAAUGCAAUUCGCAAUAGGGAAGAAAAAAGGGGAAGAUCUUUUGAUGACUUAGCCAUGAGAGCCUUUAACUGUUUUAUUGAGGAAACAGGGCUAGUAGAUUUGCCAUUGAGGGGAAGGAAGUUCACAUGGUUCAAGUCUGAUGGAACAGCAAUGAGUAGGUUAGAUGGAUUCUUGGUGUCCACAGAGUUCCUUAUUAAUUUCCCAGAACUCAUUCAGAAAGGUUUAAAAAGAGAUAUUUCUGACCAUUGCCCUAUAGUGCUAAUCAGCUCCAGCAUGGAUUGGGGGCCAAAGCCCUUUAGAAGCCUUGACUGUUGGCUAGAGCUUAAGGAGUUUAGUUCUUUUGUCCAGGAAAAAUGGAACAGCUAUAAAGUGGAGGGAUGGGAAGGAUUCAAGCUGAAGGAGAAAUUUAAAUUGCUGAAGAAUGAUUUGAAGAAGUGGAAUAAAGAGGUAUUUGGCCACAUUGACAGGAAAUUGGAGGAAAUUAGAGAUGAGAUAAAGAAGCUUGAUGAUAAAGCCGAGAAUGGAGUGAUAUCUAGUAGUGAGAUUGAGCAGAGACAAACUUGCUUUCAACAAUUUUGGGAAUGGUGUUCAAGGAAAGAUAGCUUGUUGUUCCAGAAGUCAAGACAGAAAUGGCUUCAAGAAGGAGAUGCUAACAGUAAAUUCUUCCACGGGUGUAUAGCUAAGAGAAGAAAGAUUAACGGGAUUUAUGGGAUUAUGAAGAAUAAUGUCUGGAUUGGGGAAGUUUCAGAGGUGAAAACAUUCAUCAAAGAAUACUAUGAACUAAAGUUCCAGGAGGAUGAAUGGAACAGACCUAGCAUUGAGUUUAAUGAUUUGAAACAACUGAGCUCAGAAGAGAACAAUUGGCUGACUGCACAGUUUACAGAGGAAGAAAUAAAGGAGGCCGUGUGGAACUGCAACGGAAGUAAAAGCCCUGGACCAGAUGGAUUCAACUUCAACUUCAUUAAAAGAGUAUGGCCAACUAUAAAGAAGGAUGUAGUGGCUUUUGUCAAAGAAUUUUGGGUGAAUGGGAAGUUGGUGAAAGGAAGCAACUCAUUGAGGAAAGUGAUGGCGCCUAUCAUUAGCCAAAAUCAGUCAGCAUUUGUAGGAAGAAGACACAUUGCUGAUGGCAUCGUGAUAGCUAAUGAAGUCAUUCAUGAAGCAAAAAAAAGAAAGAGGCCCACAUUGAUAUUUAAAGCUGACUUUGAAAAAGCAUAUGAUAGUGUCAACUGGAAUUUUCUAGACUUGAUGAUGGAAAAGCUAGGAUUCUGCUUGAAAUGGAGAAGGUGGAUCAAGGAAUGCUUAUCUACUUCAUCGGUAUCAGUUCUGAUAAAUGGUAGCCUCAUAGAGGAAUUCAGUAUGAAGAAGGGACUGCGACAAGGUGAUCCAUUAGCCCCAUUCUUAUUUCUUCUGGUUGCUGAAGCACUUAAUGGGCUUAUUCUCAAAGCAAAAGAGAAAGAGAUGUAUAAUGGAGUAGUGGUGGGAAUAGAAGGACUGGAGGUCACUCACCUACAAUUUGCUGAUGACUCUAUUUUCUUUUGUGAGGCAUCAGAUGAGAAUAUAAAGACAAUCAAGGGGAUUCUUCGUACUUUUGAACUGGUUUCAGGGCUCAAGGUGAAUUUUUUCAAAAGUGCCUUAUAUGGAAUCAACGUGAAGAGUGAGGAGAUCAGUGAAUGGGCCGUAUCUCUUAAUUGUGUGGUGGGUUCUAUCCCUUUCAAAUACCUUGGAAUCCCAGUCGGUGCUAACCCGAGAAACCUAUCAACUUGGACACCUGUGGUUGACUGCUUGAGACGUAAAUUGUCAAAUUGGAAAUGUGAUUCGCUAUCCUUCGGUGGUAGAAUCGUUCUGUUGAAUGCUGUCCUAUCAAGUAUCCCUGUCUAUUUCUUCUCCACUAUGAGAGCCCCUAAACAGGUUAUUAAACUGCUUUCCUCAAUUCAAAGAUCAUUUUUAUGGGGGGGUAAAGAGGGGGAUAGGAAGAUUGCUUGGGUUAGUUGGGAGAUAGUAUGCAAUAGUAGAAAGAAUGGGGGUUUAGGUGUUAAGGACUUGGAUAGAUUUAACAUGGCACUAUUAGGAAAGUGGCGAUGGAGAUUGGUGGUGGAGAAAGAAGCUUUAUGGAAUAGGGUAGUUGAGGCCAAAUAUGGGUUUCGUAGGAGAAGGGAUUGGGAGGGGAGGGAGGUAAAAACGAAUAGCUCAUUUUGGUGGAAGGCACUGUGGAAAUUAGAUGAAGAAAGAGGAAGUAAUGAGGGAUGGGUGUACAAGGGAGUAGUAAAAACAGUGGGGGAGGGGAAUGAUACCUUGUUUUGGCAUGAGAAAUGGUGUGGGGAUGUGCCUUUUAGGGAGAAAUUCAAUAGAUUAUUUAGAUUGGCAGAAGAUAAGGAUGCUUUAGUUAAAAACAUGGGGGAAUGGAGAAAUGGAGAAUGGAUCUGGAAAUGGAGGUGGAGUCGGGAAUUGCUAGGUCGUGAAGUUACCCUUGUACAGGAUCUUAACAGUCUUCUACAUGGGAGCAAGCUGGAACAAGGAAAACAAGACUCCUGGAGGUGGAAGCAUGAAUCGAAGGGAUCUUACUCAACAAAAUCUGCUUACAUCCUAUUAAAUAGCAGCAAUAGAGAGACAGACGCAAGAAGGUUUACUUAUGAGUGGUGGGGAUUGCAGGCUGUCUUUACGUGUGAAGGCUGGAAGCAUUUGCAGCAACACAUGGGUAUGGUGCAAAACAAGAAAGUGAAGGAAAUUUGGGCCAAGCACAAUACAGAUUUGGCUAAGGAAUUGUGGCUUGUGAACCCCAGGGAAGCAUGUAAAUGAAAAGGAUUUUUUACUAUACUUGCACUGGGAUUGAAGGGUAAUAUGUAAAAUGAUGUAAAGGGUGGAGUACCCCUUGUACUCAUAUUUUAUUUCUAAUAAUAUUCAUUUUGCCGA